AUGUUUCUUACCAUUGCUCUCAUCUCAAUUCUUCUUUCUCUCAUUUAUGUCUAUUUAUGGACAAUCAAAAAUCGUUAUAAUUAUUUCAAAUAUCGUGGUAUUUCGGGACCUCCAUAUCAUUUCUUUUUCGGUCAUUACAAGACAUUAUGGUCAACUAAAGCAUUUUCGAAACAAAUACAAGAAUGGACUCGUCAAUAUGGUUCGAUUUAUGGAUUAUUUCUCGGCAGAAGACCAAUGUAUGUUGUAUCAGAUGUUGAUUUUCUUCAAGAAGUUUAUAUUAAACAAUUUUCAUCGUUUCAUUCACGCAUGCUUUCAACAAUUUUUCGUACUGAAACUGAUGGAAAAAUUCAUCUUUUUCGAACAACUGGAGAAACAUGGCGUCGUCAAAGACAUGUUAUUAAUCCAACAUUUUCAUCAUCAAAACUUAAAUCUAUGUCUCCUUUAGUAAAUGAAUGUAUUGCUGCAAUGUUAAAUAAAAUAUCUCAAAUAACAGAUGAUAAACAAAAAGAAAUUAACAUUUAUGAAUUAUACAAACGAUUAAUAAUGGAUGUUAUAUGUCGCUGUGCAUUUGGUAUUGAUACUGAUAUGCAAAAUGAUACUAAUAAUAUAUAUUUAAAAAAAUUAGCUGAAUUUCUAGAAAACUUUCGUCCAACAUUAGUGAAAUUACUACCAGUAUUAAAUGAUUAUGUCCAGGAAGUUUCAGCUUUGUGGUUAAUCAAUCGUGUUCAAGAAGUUGUUGAUCUUCGUAUUCAAUCAUCAUCAACUUCAAUAAAACGUACAGAUUUAUUACAACUUAUGAUGGACGCUACUCAUAAUAACAUUACAGAUCAUAUUGAUAAUCAAUCAAUGACAAAAGUCUUACAACCAAAUGAACUUAUACCGAAUGUUUUUUUCUUUAUGGCUGCUGGCUAUGAAACAACAUCAACAACACUUGCUUAUUCAACAUAUAUUUUAGCAACAAAACAAGAUAUUCAAGAAAAACUUGUUGAAGAAAUACAAAAUAGCAAAUGGCAUGACAAUAAAAAUGAAGAAGUCUAUGAUAUAGCAACUAAUCUUUCUUAA